ACACCACCCCCAAGUAGGUAGGGCGCUGGGGCGGCGCCUCGUGCGCAGUCUGGCGGCUGCGCCGAUCAAUACGACGCUCUCCACUGUGCCGGCUGCACCCGCCUAGCCCACUGGAGACGGACUCUGAGCAGCGAAGCGGCGAGACAGCAGCAGCAGCGGUCGAGCCACACGACACACACAGCAGCUCAUAGCUACCUACACAUCUCGCCUUACUCAGCACAAUUUUAAGAUGAAGUGGGUGUCCAUCCUUGUUGCUGCCCUCCUUCUGGUAAGUGUAGCUGUGGCUGAGGGAGAAAUAUGGGAGGAAGAUGACCACGAGGUACUCAUCCGCAGCGAGAGGGGUGCAAAGAAUAGGGAUCCCUGUCGUUACCUGAAGGGAGCAUGGUCAGAAUGUGACCCAAAAACUAACAUGAGAACUCGUACUCUAACACUGAAGAAAGGUGACCAAGCAGCAUGUGAGCAGACAAAGACAAUUCAGAAAAAAUGCAAAAAAGCCUGCCGUUAUGAGAAAGGUACAUGGAGCGAGUGUUCCCCCCAAAACCAAAUGUCACGGAGUGACACUCUUAAGGCCAACAGUGACCCCUCAUGUGAACAGAGCCGACAAAUAACUAAGAAGUGUAAAAGCAAAGGUGCUAAGGCUGGAAAAGGAGGCCGACGCAACCGCCAGUAAGAUAUGAGAAGUAAUGAGCAAGCAAGUCUUCACACCUGCACAUGCAGCUGUGUGUGCAGUAUUGCUGGAAUGUGUGUUUGUAACAAAACUGAGGAAAACUUAUGAAAAAAGAAAAUACCAUGAAACAUAGAUUCCACAAUUCAUCCUACAUAUAAUUCAUGAACUUACUUGUUUUAUGUAUGUUUGGAAUAUUAUUGUAGUAAUUAAAAAUACUGCAAUCUGUGCAUUGUUCCCAAGCUGUAGGUAACUGAUUUAAAUUUAAAAAUGUGCUGCCUUUGGAUUAUUGAUAGAUAGUUCAUAAUGCAGAAAUUUCCCUUGAAGUAGCACACAUUAAAGAGUCAUUUUGUACUAUCCUUUAUUUCAUAUUUUUAUGCCAGUGUUUAUUUGUAGUAAUUAGCAAAAGUGAUGUUAGAGAAUUCCUAUAUGUGGCAUGUGUUUAGACUGUCCUAUGAACCUGCAUAUUUGUUUUUUUUUUUUUCCUAGCUGAAAUACAUCAGUCAUUAAAAGAGUAUUAGAACCAGUUAAUUGAUGGAUAAAUUGUAAUUGAUUCAUUUAUUUACAUGCUUCCCAACUGAAGCAUUUUAGCAAAACAGUUUUAUAUGAUGUUACAAUAAAACUACAUAUUGAUUGCUUGAAUAUCGCAUUGGUAGUCAUAAUUGCUGUUUUUUAUGAAAUAAAAGCUGUUUCUUACAAUGA